AUGUGUCGUCGGAAUCCCUUCCACAGUAACACGAUAACAGGGAAUACCUCAAGGUUCCUAUCCUCUCCUCCAUUCGGUUGCCACCAAACCCUAAAAUCAGGAAUAUCCUUGAGGAAGUAUCCCAUUCAGAAUGCGUCCUUUAUUAUCUCCAUAAUAAGUUGUAUUCGCUUUUGUAGUGAGACCUGUUUAUGGAUAAAAUUUCCAGAAGCGCCUAGUUGUUGUUGUUGUUUUCGCUCCGUCGUGGAACAGUGCGAAGUUGUACGGUGGCACCUGCGAAAGCGAUCAGUUAUUCGUGUCCGCUGGUUCGUUGAUGAUUGUGUCGCCACAGAAACCUUACAAUUUCAUACUAUCUCUCUUUAUCCCGAUUGCUACAAACCACUCUCUUCUGACUGUCAUUCAGAUAAACUCGGCGCAACACAUCACUUUUUUUUGUGUACAAAAUCGCGCUUCGACAACAUUUUUGUCCACCAUAUGUGUUACGGGAUCAUCGCGUAUUUGAUACCCAGCAUUAUUCCCACUUGCAAAGUCGCGAAUGGUCUUCUGGUAUUAGCUCAACUGGCCCUUACAACUUUCCCUUUCAUACUGUUUCACGUUGUCAAUGGCUUUCCGUUCCAUCCACAUAACUGUCAUCACAGCUGCUAA